AUGAGUGCCACUAUUAAGUUAGAAAAUACUGCCCGUAGAGAUGCUUUAAUUGAUAUAGAAAAGAAAUAUCAAAAGGUUUGGGCUGACGAUAAAGUAUUUGAAGUUGAUGCGCCUACUAUCGAAGAAGAACCAUCAAUUGAUGAUGCAGAGGAAUUAAGAAAGAAAUAUCCUAAGUAUUUCGCUACUAUGGCUUAUCCAUACAUGAACGGUGUUUUACACGCUGGCCACAGUUUCACCUUAUCCAAGGUUGAGUUCUCUACUGGUUUCGAAAGAAUGAACGGUAAGAGAGCAUUAUUUCCAUUAGGAUUCCACUGUACUGGUAUGCCAAUUAAGGCAUCUGCUGAUAAAAUCAAGAGAGAAAUUGAAGAAUUUGGAGAAGAUUUCUCUGGAGCCCCAGCUGAUGACGUUGAAGAGGUACCUAAAGAAAAGGUCAAGAAGGAUGAUGUCACCAAGUUCACUGCUAAGAAGUCCAAGGCUGCUGCUAAGCAAGGUAGAGGUAAAUACCAAUUCGAAAUCAUGUUACAAUUAGGUAUUAGUAAGGAAGAGGUUGUGAAGUUUGCUGAUCCAGAUUAUUGGCUUAAAUACUUCCCUCCUUUAGUCCAGAAAGACGUUACUGCCUUUGGUGGUAGAGUUGAUUGGAGACGUUCUUUUGUUACUACUGAUGCUAAUCCUUAUUAUGAUGCAUUUGUAAGAUGGCAGAUUAAUAGAUUAAGAGAUUGCGGUAAGAUUAAGUUUGGUGAAAGAUACACAAUCUACUCCGAGAAGGAUGGACAAGCUUGUUUAGAUCAUGAUAGACAAUCAGGGGAAGGUGUUAACCCACAAGAAUAUACUGGUAUUAAGAUCGAAGUUACUGAAUUUGCAGAACAAGCAAAACAAGUCUUCCAAGAAAAUAAUUUUGACCUUGAAGGUAAGAAGGUGUACUUAGUUGCUGCAACUUUAAGACCUGAAACCAUGUACGGUCAAACUUGUUGUUUUGUUUCACCAAAGAUUGACUAUGGUGUUUUCGAUGCUGGUAAUGGCAAUUAUUAUAUUUGUACUGAACGUGCUUUCAAGAAUAUGUCAUAUCAAAACUUGACACCUAAGAGAGGUGAAUAUAAGGCAAGUGUUAAAAUCAAUGGUAAGACUUUGAUUGGUUCCAAAAUUCAUGCUCCAUUAGCUGUGCACAAGGAAUUACGUGUUUUGCCUAUGGAAACAGUAUUGGCUUCAAAGGGUACAGGUGUUGUCACUUGUGUUCCAUCUGAUUCUCCAGAUGAUUACAUUACCACCAUGGAUUUGGCUAACAAACCAGAAUAUUAUAACAUCGAAAAAGAAUGGGUUUGUACUGAUAUCAUUCCACUUAUCAGGACUCAAAAAUACGGUGAUAAAUGUGCUGAAUUUUUAGUGAAACAAUUAAAGAUUCAAUCUCCUAAAGAUUCAGUUCAAUUAGCUGAAGCAAAGGAAGCCGCUUACAAGGAAGGUUUUUACAAUGGUAAAAUGAUUUAUGGAAAAUACAUUGGUGAUUCAGUUGAAGAUGCUAAAAGAAAGGUUAGAGCUGAUUUUAUCGCUACCAAUGAUGCGUUUGUUUAUAAUGAACCUGAAGGUCUUGUUAUUUCUAGAUCUGGGGAUGAAUGUAUUGUUUCCUUGGAAGACCAAUGGUAUAUUGAUUACGGUGAAGAAUCUUGGAAAUCUCAAGCUUUAGAAUGCUUAGCAGAUAUGCAAACAUUCUCAAAGGAAACUAGACAUGGUUUUGAAGGUGUCUUAGAUUGGUUAAAGAACUGGGCUGUUACCAGAAAUUUUGGUUUGGGUACCAGAUUACCAUGGGAUAAGCAAUACUUGGUCGAAUCCUUAUCAGAUUCAACUAUUUAUAUGGCCUAUUAUACUAUUGCCCGUUUCUUGCACUCAGAUUACUAUGGUGCUAAGGCAGGUAAAUUUGACAUCAAACCAGAAUUGAUGACUGAUGACGUUUUUGACUACAUCUUUAAUCGUCGUGAAGAUAUCAAGACUGAUAUUCCAAUCGACCAAUUAAAGGAAAUGAGAAGAGAAUUCGAAUAUUUCUACCCAUUGGAUGUCAGAGUUUCUGGUAAGGACUUAAUUCCAAACCAUUUAACUUUCUUCAUCUACACUCACGUUGCCUUAUUCCCAAAGAAAUUAUGGCCAAAGGGUAUUAGAAGUAAUGGUCACUUGAUGUUGAACAACGCUAAGAUGUCCAAAUCUACAGGUAACUUCAUGACAUUAGAGCAAAUUGUUGAAAAAUUUGGUGCUGAUGCUUCAAGAAUUGCUUUAGCUGAUGCCGGUGAUACUGUAGAAGAUGCCAACUUUGACGAAUCUAACGCCAAUGCGGCAAUUUUACGUUUGACUACCUUAAAAGAGUGGUGCGAAGAAGUUGUCAAAAACAAGGAUUCAUUAAGAACUGGUCCUGCUGACUCAUUCUUUGAUAUUGCCUUUGAAAAUGAAAUGAAUGAUUUAAUUGCCAAAACACAUGUUCAAUUCGAAGCAACUAACUUUAAGGCUGGUUUGAAAUACGGUUUGUUUGAUUACCAAACUGCUAGAGAUUACUACAGAGACUCUGUAUCUUCUAACAUCGGUAUGCAUAAGGAUAUGGUUUUUAGAUACAUCGAGACUCAAGCAUUAUUAUUGGCCCCAGUUGCACCACAUUUCAGUGAGUACAUUUUCCGUGAAGUCUUAGGCAAUAGUGGAUCCAUCCAAACCACUAAAUUCCCAAGUGCCUCCAAACCUGUGGACAAAUCCGUUUUAGAUGCCUUAGAUUAUGUUAGAGACUUAUCUAGAUCCAUUCGUGAAGCCGAAGGUAAUGUCUUGAAGAAGAAGAAGGGUAAGCCAUCGGAAGUUGAUCCUUCCAAGCCUGCUAAAUUGAGAUUGUUUGUUGCUACUUCUUUCCCAGAAUGGCAGGACAACUAUAUCGAACUUGUCAGACAAUUAUUCGAAUCCCAAACCUUGGACGACAACAAGGCCAUCAAGGAAAAGGUUGGUAAAGACAUGAAGCGUGCCAUGCCUUUCAUUUCUUUAUUAAAACAAAGAUUAGCUAACGAAGAUCCACAAACCGUCUUCAACAGAGAAUUGACCUUUAAUGAAAUCGAUGUCAUCAAGUCGGUCUUAGCCAACGUACAAAAGUCUUCUAUUUCUGUCGAUAUCCAAGAAGUUGAAAUCGUCUCCUUCGACAACGGUGCUAAGAAGGGUAAAAACAUCUUGACUGGCGAAGAAGUAGAAAUCACUGUCACUGGUAAAAUCAUUGACAGCGCUGUUCCUGGUGAACCAGGUAUUAUGAUCAACAACAUUUGA